GAGGCCUGGAGAGGUUUAGAAAAUAGAGGGCUUCUGAGAUCCCAGCCAAAGCUCCUCAUGGGGGCACUCAGUGUCUUGGGGCGGGGCCGCACAGGACUUCAGCCUUAGAAGACCAAGAAGAACGGUCUGUGGAGCACAGGGUACUGUGAUCACCAAAAGCACCCGUUUCAGACGGGGAGCUAAGGCUCUAGGUCACCCACGUUGCUAAUUGUGCGAUUGGUACUACACGCAGGACAUGGAAAUACUGGUGGUUGGGGUGGUGGCAGUACUCCUCGGAGUCACCGUGGUCAUCGCCUGUAUUCUCUGCUGCUUCAGCUAUGACUCGAAGACCCAGGAUCCUCAGGGAGGCCCUGGCCGCAGCUUUACUGUGGCCACAUUUCGUCAAGAAUCUUCUCUCUUCACCAGGCCCGAUAGACAAGCCCAGCCAGUGCCGAGUGCCCAGGACUUCUGGACCAUCAUGUGAGGCCUAAGAGUCCUUCAGGAUUUGUUUCUUCGUAGAUCAGAACCACCAACCCCUUCAUCAAGCCUUCCCUGGGGUUCCCAGCCUCCCAGGCCUGCCUCCCUGUCCUCCUGUACCUCAUGA